GGGCAGUUCCUGUGCGGGCGCUUGUCGGUGCGAGCGUCUCUCGAGUGCGUAUUUCUGCGGCUUCGACGAUGUCCUGCCCCCUGCGUCCCGCGACGGCCGAGCAGCAGCAGCAGCAGCAGCAGCCCCUUCUGCAGAAGCACCGCCGAAGACACCCCAGCGAGAAUUAAUUGCUCGAGAGCGGCGGCGAUGGCGCUUCUGUGGGCCGUGUGCGCCCUGCUCGUCUGCACCUCGGCAGGCGUGGCUGUGAAUGUGAAGAAGUUGGCGGGUCCGCUGCACGAGGGCAAAGAGCAGCAACACCCGCUUGAGGUGGAUGACCCGUCGCACCAUCAUCAUUCAGACUUUGACCCCUUCGACGGAGAACUUUCGGAGCACGAGAAGUCGACGUGCGUGUGUCCGGACGACCUGUUCGCGUGCCAAAGGUCGUGCAUAUGUGUGCCGCAGGAGUGGCGGUGCGAUGGCGACGCCGACUGUCAGCACGGCGAGGACGAGCAGUGCGACGUGCCUGGCGUGCACCGCUCCGGGGGCGGCGGCGGCACCAUGUGGGAAGGCCCUUCAGACGUGGGUCACGAGAGGCCCACGGAGCCCGAGCCCGAGUGCCGAGGCCUCCGUUGUCACUCCAACGGCCGCUGCAUUUCGCGCGAGUGGCUCUGCGACGGCGACGACGAUUGCGGAGAUUUCUGGGACGAGGCCAGUUGCGGUUUCGAUAUGAACUGCACGGCGGAAGAAUUUCAGUGCGAGAAUGGUUUGUGCGUUCAGCAGAACUGGGUUUGCGACGGCGACAAUGACUGCAAAGACUUUUCAGACGAAUCCAACUGUACAGCAAAUAGCAAGUGCGCGGCAAACGAGUUUCGCUGCGGCGACGGCACGUGCAUUUCCGAGAACUGGCGGUGCGACUCCGAGUCCGACUGCUUGGACAACUCGGACGAAGCCGACUGCGAUUUUCAGCAGCCGGUGUGUCAGGAGGACGAGUUCCAGUGUUCGUACCCGCGGUGCGUGAACGAAAACUUCAGGUGCGACGGCAACGACGAUUGCGGCGACUGGAGUGACGAAGAAAACUGUCCGAGUCAGCCGUACCGCAGCUGCCGCGCCGGCGAAUACAAGUGCAACAGCGGCAAAUGCAUCCCCGAGCGGUGGUUGUGCGACGACGAGUCCGAUUGUGAUAGCGGGGAGGACGAGGAGAAUUGCGAGAAGAAGAAGCCGCGCACCUGCGGCCCGGACGAGUUUUCCUGCAGCCACGGAAACUGCAUUUUGAAAUCUUGGCUGUGCGAUGGAGUAGAGGAUUGUCCGAAGGGAGAGGACGAGCAGCAAUGCACGCCGUCAUGCGAGGAGACGCAGUUCGCCUGUAGUAAUAGUUCCACGUCUUGUAUUAGCAGAAAACACAUGUGUGAUGGCAAGAAAGACUGCACUAAUGGUGAAGAUGAAAAAGAUUGUCCUACAAAAAAGGAGUGCGGCGCCAACUCAAAAAGGUGCGAUCAGCUUUGCGUGACCACGGUCGACGGCAAAGAAGGCUGCGCCUGUCGCUUCGGCUACUCUCUGCACCCCAAUGGCUACAGCUGCCGUGAUAUAGACGAGUGUUCAACCAAACUGGCACCGCCGUGCAGCCAGACGUGCGUGAACACGAUCGGCUCGUUCACCUGUUCUUGCAAGGAGGGCUACAUUUUGCGUUCGAACGGCCGCUCGUGCAAGGCGCUUGGCCCGCCCGCUAUUUUGUUGUUCGCAAACAGGGUCGAUAUUAGACAAAUGAGUCUGAACAAUGUCAAGUAUACGGCCAUCCUAAAGGGGCUGCACAACGCAAUUGCCCUCGACUACCAUUAUCACAUGGGUCUCGUCUACUGGUCUGACGUUUCCUUGGACAUGAUCAGGAGAGCGCACAUCAAUGGUUCAGAGCCUGAAGAUGUAAUAAGGUGGGGUUUGGAGGCGCCGUCGGGAGUGGCGCUCGACUGGGUUCACAAUUUGCUCUUCUGGACGGACUCAGGCACUCGGCGGGUCGAGGUGGCCUCGCUGGACGGCAGCGUCCGAGCCGUUCUCGCCGCCAGUGACCUGGACAAACCGCGAGCCAUCGCCGUCCACCCAGGAGAGGCUCUUGUUUUCUGGACGGACUGGGGGCCGAACCCGAAGAUCGAGUCGUGCCAAAUGGACGGCAGUGGCCGUCGAUCCAUUGUCACCGAGUCCGUCUUUUGGCCCAACGGACUGACCAUCGACUUUGCUGUUGACCGCAUCUACUGGGCGGACGCAAAACACCACGUCAUCGAGAACGCAGCUUUUGAUGGGAGCGACAGGAAAAAGGUCAUCAGCAAAGGUUUGCCCCACCCAUUUGCUCUGACCGUGUUUGAAGACCACGUUUACUGGACGGACUGGCACACGAAGAGCAUCUCGUCCGCCAACAAAGUGACCGGCAGCAGCUUCCGGACAGUCCACUCGGGUCUGCACUUCCCCAUGGACAUCCACAGCUACCACCCCCAGCGACAACCAAACUACCCGAACCGCUGCCUCGGCACCAACGGCGGCUGCUCGCACCUAUGCCUGCCCAACCGAACCUCCUUCACGUGCGUGUGUCCGCUCGGACAGCGACUUCGGACGGACAGGAAAUCGUGCGAGAAGGCGCCUGAGAAGCUGCUCCUGUUCGCACGCAACCGCGAUUUGCGCAUCCAUCUGCUGGACGGCGUCGAACCGCAGGUGGACAUGGUCAUACCUGUGGACGACGUCCAGUCGGCCACUGCUCUCGACUGGGACAGCGCGACCGACAAUAUCUUUUGGGCCGACGCCGAGGCCAACACCAUCAGCCGCGCGGCACUGAACGGCAGCAACCAGAGAACCGUCGUCAGCUCCAACCUUGAAUCGCCAGCAGGAAUUGCCGUUGAUUGGGUGGCCAAAAAGCUGUACUGGACGGAUGCAGACACUUGUCGCAUCGAAGUGUCCAAUCUUGACGGCACGAUGCGCGCACUUUUGGUGUGGGAAGAUGUCAAAAAGCUCAGAGACAUCGUUGUCAACCCCAAUGAUGGAUUCAUGUAUUGGAGCGACUGGGGUGACACGGCGCGCAUCGAGAAAUCGGGCAUGGACGGCUCGGCGCGCAAAGUGCUCAUUUCGACCAACAUGACCUGGCCCGCCGGACUUGCGGUCGACCAGGAAACGCGGCGUCUCUACUGGGCGGACGGUGGAACCAAAACUAUCGAGUACUGCAACUUUGACGGCUCUGGCAGGAGAAUUUUGAUUGGUAAUAGUUUGCCGUAUCCGUUUGGUCUUACUGUGUACAAGGAGAGCGUUUACUGGACCGAUUGGGACACAACGAGCAUUCACAAAGCGGACAAGCUGAGUGGCAAGAACAUUACUGUCUUAAAGUCGGGAAUCACUGGUCUAAUGGACGUGCAGGUUUUCCACCGCGAGCGAAAAAUGGUUCGUUCCGAGUGCCACUUCAAGAACGGCGGCUGCUCGCACCUGUGUCUGUUGGCGCCGGCGCCGAAAAAAUUCGCCUGCGCCUGCCCGAUCGGCAUCAAAAUCAUGGAGGACGGCAAGAAGUGCGCGGACGGCCCGGUGAAUUCGCUGAUCUUUGCGCACCGAGUUGACAUCAGGCGCAUUUCUCUGGACGUGCCGUACGUGAUAGACGUGGUGCUUCCCCUGCCGCCGAUGCACAAUGCAGUCGCCGUCGAUGUCGACCGGAAAACUGGGGACAUUUAUUGGAGUGACACGGUCGAGGACGUCAUUAGGCGCGGAAAGGAUAAUGGCAGUGACGUUCGGGACGUUGUUAUAGACGGACUGGACAAUGUUGAAGGCAUCGUUGUAGAUUCGACGGGCAGAAAGAUUUAUUGGACUGAUGGUGGAAGGCACAGUAUUGAAGUGGCUGAACUGGACGGAAGUCACCGGAAGGUGCUGAUUUCGAAAAAUCUGGACAGUCCAAGGGCCAUCACUCUGCACUACCACCGCGGUCUCAUGUUUUGGAGCAGUUGGGGCAAAAAACCAAGCAUCGAACGCGCCUUCAUGGACGGUAGCAAUCGAACGGUGAUUGUCCACGAGCACGUGAGUUGGCCGAACGGACUGGCGAUUGACCGUCCCGCCGGCCGCUUGUACUGGAACGACGGCAAAAUGAAGACAAUCGAGAGCUGCACGUUGGACGGCACCGACCGCAGGAUGAUUCUGAGCGACAUUCCGCACCCGUACGGCCUCGUGGUGGUCGGAUCGCACCUGUACUGGACGGACUGGCAGACGGAGGCUCUGCACCGCGCGGACAAGGACACCGGCGCCGAACGCGUCGUCAUCCGCGACCGUCUGCAAGGCCUCAUGACCAUCAGCAGGUCGGUGCAGGCGGACAACAUUGCGGAGAACGCGUGCGGACACACCAACGGCGGCUGCUCGCACCUCUGCCUGCGUCGGCCGGACGGCUUCGAGUGCGCCUGUCCGACCGGAAUCCAAAUGGGCCCGGACGGACGCACCUGCAACAACACGCCGCAAGCGUAUUUGCUGUUCGCCACCAGGUCUGCGCUGGCCAGGGUCUCCCUGGACACGGAGGAACUGUGGGACGUGACGCUGCCCAUCCCUGGCGUCCACACCGCCGUCGCCGUCGACUUCCACUGGGAAAAGCAAAUCAUCAUUUACACGGACAUUCAACUCGACAUUAUCAGGCAAGUGGACAUGAAUAACUUUUCCAACUUCGAGGACAUCAUUCACACCAAUUUGUCGACGCCGACCGGCGUCGCAGUCGACUGGAUCGCCAACAACCUGUACUGGACGGACACUUCGCGAAAGGUGUUGGAAGUUUCUCGUCUGGACGGAUCGUGUCGGAAGCUGCUGAUCCACGACAAGGUGGAGGACCCGCGCGCCCUGGCAGUUUUCCCACGCAAAGGGUUUCUCUACUGGACGGAAUGGGGAGACAGUCCCAAGAUCGAGCGCGCCUACUUGGACGGCUCGGCGCGGCGAGUCAUCAUCGGCACCGAACUCGGGUUUCCCAACGGCCUGGCGCUCGACUACACGGCCAACAGGCUCUUCUGGGCCGACGCUCUGAGGGAUCGAAUAGAAACCUCAGAUUUGCACGGCAGAGGAAGGAUUCAACUUGUGCCCGAGGCCACUCACCCCAUUGGUUUAACGCAGUUUGGUCCUCACGUGUACUGGACGGACUGGUACAAAAAGUCGGUAGAACGGGCGGACAAGUUGAGUGGCUCGGAACGAACGGCGAUUCGGACAAACUUGAACGGCGUGAUGGAAAUCAGGGCCGUCGCGGCUGAUCAGCAGCAGGGCUGGACGCCGUGCGCCGAAGAGAAUGGCUACUGCUCGCAUCUCUGCUUCCACCGGCCGCAGGGCUACAUUUGCCAGUGUCCUGAUGUGUCCGACAAACGACCCUGCUCUACCAAGCCGAGUGCAGUGGUGGCGCCGCGGGACGAGACUCUGGAGGAGGACGACGACGCGGGCGAGGAGUUCGGUUCCGAAGACACCCCCGGCGGCUUUUCCAAGCGCAACGGCCUCAACGGACCCGAAUCUUUGAGUUCACUGGGCGUCGUGCUCAUAGCGUGUUCGUUCGUCCUUCUCAUUUUGGGUUCUCUGCUGAUAAUGGCGAUGGUCAGGCGCCGCUACAAACACAACCUCUACACCGGACGCAACGUGCUGACGUUCGCCAACCCCAACUACAACGCGUCCGAGGCGGGGGCGGCCGGACCCGGGGGCCCCGGCGGCCCCCCGGGCGACCGGCGGCCGUUCCUCUGGAAGAAGCUCAAGUGCGAAAAAACGCCCGGCAAGGUCGGGGGCGGCGCGUCGACGCCGAGCAGCAGCAGCCACCACCAAGAGGAGGGCAUCAUCUUGUGCGCGGUGCCCGAGCUGAAGGCGCCGCACCACCACGCGGCCUUCGACGCCGUCACCAACCUCGACGACUGCAAGCACGACGAGAUCUACUCGGAGAUCACCGUGCCGAGUGCCACCAAGUAAUAGAAAGAAAAAAAAAUCGAAGUAAGCAGAGCAGCGUAUAUAUAUAUUUUCAAAGAGAAAGAGAGAGUUUAAAAAAAAUUUAAAAUAUUUCGCCCAACUGUGACACGAAAUUAGAUUUUUAAUCUGUGAGAAGAGCGAGAGAGCGCCGGACGCUGAUCGAGGGACUUUAAUGAGAAUUUAAUAGAGAAGCAGUUUAAAUACGGACGGUGCAGUGCGCGCGCGAAAGACGGUUCGAGAUCGUCGGUUUCAUGUUCGUCACUUGUAAAUAAAUAUAAGUGAAAGAAAUCGAAAAUUAAUAAUUAAUGAAAAAAAAAUAAACGAAAAGAUGACGCUAUUUAUGAAUGAGGAAAGAGACAUUAAAAACGGUGUAUAUCAGAUUAAAAAGUGUACGUUUUUCAUUAAUUCAAUCCAAAAAUAUCAAAAAUAAAUAAUUACAAAUAAAAGUUAUACUUUUUUAAUUUAUACUUUUUUUAAAGAAGCAUUGCAAAA